AUGGACUUUGUGCUUUUGCCUAUGAUGUGGCUCAUUUUCGGUAUUCAAUAUGCCGACAAGGCAUCAAUCUCGACACAAGCUACAUUCGGCAUCCGAGAAGGCACUCACUUAGUCGGACAACAACAUUCCUCCGGGCUGACCUCAAUCUUCUACAUUGCCUACUUGGUGGCAGAAGCGCCGGGGAAUUGUGUGUUGCAGAAGACACGCUUGGGCGCGACGGUGGCCGUCUGCAUGUUCUCUUGGGGCAUUAUGGUCCUCCACAUCGCAUUCGCGAAGAACUUUGCUGGGCUGGCGGCUUUGAGAUUUCUUGGGGGUGUGGCAGAAUGCACAACUUAUCCCGCUCUUCUCAUCAUCACUGGAACAUGGUAUACAAAGGAAGAACAUGACAUCCGUUCUCUCAUUUGGGGCAGUUCGAAUGCCGGGAUGGACAUCUUAACAAGUUUGAUCAACUAUGGAAUUGGAAGGGAGGCCUAA